AAGCGCUGGAGGUGGAGAUGGGGUGGCUCUCCCGCCAGACUGCCCCUUCUUCUUUGUAAUAAGGUGGCCGAAGUAAACCUUCGUGCCCUCCUCGUAAGUUGAGGAGGGGGAAAAACCUGAAGAACUUGCCCUUCGGAGGGCUCUGCAGCGUGUUCAGCUGGCUGGCGUGGAAGCGUCUGCAAACCAGCUGUUGAGCUCUCGCGCUAAGAGGUGAGCCGCGACUUUGCCUAUCUAGGAGUUACCGUGACCCCGGGAGCCGCACAAAAUUCGAAUGCGACAGAGCAAGUGGGAGCUGAGAUUAAGAUCUGCGAUCGCUUGUGCCUUUUUGAAGUCAUUUGUUUAAAAAACACCCAAUGAUUAACAUCUUGUUCUGCAAAGGGGUAAAUCAGCAUGGCAGAACAAUGCUAGGAAGUUUGGUAGUGAACUUGGUAAUUUGUUUAAACCACCAGUUCCUAAAAAAAGAAGUUGAACGGAGUUUGAACCUCAGAACGAAGAAUGUUCUCUUUGCUUUACGUGAACCUGUUGAGAGUUGCUGAGGACGCUGGGGGAUGCCCUGAUACCGACUGCGCCAGGGCACGGGCGGAGCGAGCUGUGGAAGUCCUGCUCCACGAACGGCUCCCGAUGUACUCUUCCAGGCUUAACUAGCAUGACUGAGUGUUGUGAGAGACAGGUGGCUGCUGUGUGUCUGCCUUGGACUGCAAAAAGAGGAAAAUUGAACUCAUGCGUCACAUUUUUCCUGGCUGCAGCGAACUCGAGGGAACUCCCUUAACAGGCGAAAGCGUGGCUGAAAAUAUGUGAGGGAGUCUAAAGGUGAUAAGGGACAGCAAUAAGAUUGUGUGAAAUGAUUUCCCAUCUUGUGCUUGUCUUUUCUUUCUCCCUCCGUUUCUUUCCUUUUCAGUGUGGCAUUGUCCUGGGAGCUCUGCUGUUGAUUUUCUGUUCUUGGAUGACUCAUCAAUCCUGCAUGUUCCUGGUGAAAUCGGCCAAUCUCAGCAAGCGCAGAACCUACCCUGGCCUUGCAUUUCACGCCUAUGGAAAAGCAGGAAAAAUGUUGGUGGAAACAAGCAUGAUUGGGCUGAUGUUAGGAACUUGCAUUGCUUUCUAUGUUGUGAUUGGUGAUUUGGGGUCCAACUUCUUUGCUCGGCUGCUUGGAUUUCAGGUGUCUGGCAGCUUCCGGAUAGUCCUGCUCUUUGCUGUCUCCCUGUGCAUUGUUCUUCCGUUGAGCCUCCAGAGGAACAUGAUGGCUUCCAUACAGUCAUUCAGUGCCAUGGCUCUGAUCUUUUACACUGUGUUCAUGUUUGUGAUUGUACUAUCCUCUUUCAAGCAUGGCCUCUUCAGUGGGCAGUGGCUGCAGCGAGUUAGCUACACUCGUUGGGAGGGCAUUUUUCGCUGCAUCCCCAUCUUUGGCAUGUCUUUUGCCUGUCAGUCUCAGGUCUUGCCUACCUAUGAUAGCUUGGACGAGCCGUCUGUUAAAAUCAUGAGCUCUAUAUUUGCUUCUUCCCUAAAUGUGGUCACCACCUUUUAUAUUACGGUGGGGUUCUUUGGCUACGUGAGUUACACCGAAGCCAUUGCUGGGAACGUCCUAAUGAACUUCCCUUCCAACCUUGUGACGGAGAUGAUUCGAGUGGGAUUCAUGAUGUCGGUAGCUGUGGGGUUUCCGAUGAUGAUUCUCCCCUGCAGACAGGCGCUGAACACUCUUCUCUUUGAGCAGCAGCAAAAAGAUGGUACCUUUGCUGCUGGGGGUUACAUGCCCCCCCUUCGUUUUAAAGCCCUCACGCUGGCUGUUGUGUUUGGAACCAUGGUGGGAGGCAUCAUGAUCCCAAAUGUGGAAACUGUCCUGGGCCUAACAGGUGCUACGAUGGGAAGCCUCAUCUGUUUUAUCUGUCCAGCUCUUAUUUACAAGAAGAUCCACAAGAAUGCCCUUUGCUCACAGAUUAUACUGUGGAUUGGCCUGGGAAUACUGGUUAUUAGUACGUACACCACCUUGUCUGCAACGGAGGACACCCCUGUGAAGGCAGAAGCAGUGGGCUUGGAGCACCUUGAAGCGGAGGAGACCAGGAUUGACCAAGAUUCUGUCAAAAUCCCAGACCAGAACCCAGUGGUAGAGGAGGCAGAGGAUGACCGUGAUAAACCAAAGCUACUGGAUGAGAAGGAAGAGAUGGAACAGCCACAGAUCAAGGUGCCCAUGGAGGUACCCGAGAGAGAUGAAGAGGGAGAAAAGCUACAGGAACAAGUACAGCUUGACCGGCCUGAUCAAGGGAUUGCCUUGCCUGUGGGAGAAGCGCAUCGCCAUGAGCCGCCCGUCCCGCAUGACGAAGUGAUUGUGGACAUGGGGCGGGAGCGGGAGGAAUCUGAUGAGAACAAGCUUGCGCUCGGAGAAGCCAACGAUAAUCUGCUCAAGCCAGCAGUGGAAGAGCCAGCCGAGCUGAAUCCCCAGAAAGAGGCGCUUGGCCUGAAACAAGGGAUGGAAGCGAUUGCUGAGAACCAACUGCGGGGAGGGACUGACAAGCCUGUUAAGAAUCCGAAGAACGUCCUGGAGGUGAACGUGCAGCAGGAUGGCAGGCCGCCAUACAAAGAUCUGGAGCCAGACAAACGAGCGUUGGAAGCCAAAGCACAAGCUGCCAUGCUGGACGAUGAGAAGAAAGCUGAGGCUGCACGUGACGAGGAGAAAUCAAACCUCCAGCUACCCAGGAAAGCAGAGGAGGCUGCGAAGGCCGUAGAGAAGGAAGCUGACCCUGGUGAAAAGCAGGAGCUGCCCCCACCAGACAGAGCAGCUCUAGCUCAGGCCCAACAGCUGGAGCAGAGAGAGAUCAGAAAUACUGAGGAAAAGCAACAGGAGAAUGCAGAGAAAAAGCUGGAGGAAGCAGGGCAGGCAAAACUGCUUGAUCAUGCCAUGCUGCUGCAGGUGAUCAAAGAACAGCAGGUACAGCACAAGCAGCUACUUGACCAGCAAGCAAAACUGCUGGCUGUGAUUGAAGAGCAGCACAAGGAGAUCCACCAGCAAAGGCAGGAGGAAGGAGGAGAGGAGAAGCCAAAACAAGCAGAAAUGCAACAGGAGCCUGCUGUGCCACUCUCCAAGAGUAAGGAGGAAGACAGCCCAGGAGCUAAACAAGAAGCUGCUGCAAAGCUGGUCGGUAAAGAGUUGCUGGAGCACUCUCCACAGGGGCUGGGCAGGCAGCCUGCCAACUCAGCAGAGCAGCGCAAAGGAACUGCAGGAAAUCUGGAAGAGGCUGGGCACAGGCGUGAGAUUCCUGGGGUGCCUCCCAAGGAUCUGAAGGUGCCACAAGAGGAGAUAGACAGAGCUGUUAAAAAAGCUGCAGACAACAGGGAUCCCCUUCCCGGUGAUGCCCAACAUGUUCCAGCAGCCAGAAACCACCUAGAAAAGAAGCCGUUGGCAGAGAAUUUAGGAGGUCACGAAGCCAAAGCUGGAAGAGAUGUCCAUGAGAAGAAUUCCCUGAAAGCUGUGGAAGUAGCUACAGCUCGCAUCCAAAGAGAACAGUUAGGGGCUGCCAAAGUUCAGGGAGUAGUAGGAAAGAGUCUGGAAAGAGACUUGGGAACAGACCUUAAAGCCAAAGCACUGAGUCAGGUGGAGCCCAAAGACCUGGCACUUGCGCCGGCCUCCUCAAGUAAACUGAACGUGGCAGGGAGUGAGCAGCAUGUACGGGAGCCUCAGAGAGCUGCAGAUACUGAGGGGGGUGAGGGUGCUAAUGGCAAACUGCAGCAGGCCUUGCAGAGGGACCUGGCUAGCAAAGUGGAGGUAAAGAAAGAAGCUCCUCGGGAGAACGUGGUGGACAUGGUCCAGGACCCUCAGGGAAGUCUCCUGAGCAAGCAGAGGCAUGCGGAUGGGAGCCUCUCAAAUGAGGCUGAGAGGAAGCCAGACACUGAGGACACUGCUGCCCAAAAGCCCGAGAAAGGAGUGGCUGCCCAUGGGGACCAGAAGCUGGACCACGAUAUCAAACCGAACCGGGACCUGAAACUGCAGGCAGACCUGGACCUCCGCCGGAGGAGACGGGACCUGCUUCCUCCCGAAGAGGAGGAAGCUGCACAGGGGGCGGGGGUCUUCAUUGGCCUGAACCCCCUUCCAGAUGUGAAAGUAAAUGAUCUCCGGAGCGCUCUAGAGACACGAUUAAACCAAGUUGCAGAGGGAGCUCAGCAGGUGGUCCACAGCCGGCAGAUCAAACAGAUGACACAGGCAGACGGGAGCAUGUGAGUGGGGUGAUCGCGCUCAGUGGGUGGCUGAGGGUGUUGGCCGCAGGCACGAUGCUGAUGGGCUCAGUAGGGAAGGUUCAAGUUAACCAGCUGCUUUUUUGGCCAGCGUUGCUCAGACAACGGUCAGUCUAAACCAGCAGCACGUUGUUGGAUGCAGUGCUUGGAUCCACGAGAUCUCCUUGGACUUGUGAAUACUGUCCAGGGGACUGUGGGCUUCUCCAGUCUCUGCAAGGGAAACACCUUGUGUGUGCCUAGAGGUGGCCAAGGAGAUGGCAACCUUGAAAGAAAAUCUCCCACUGUCCUCUGGCUUUCAGAGGUUGCCAUCUAACUUGGUUCCCUGCCAGGCCAGCUUUCAAGUACCUUUUCAACGUCUUGUUCAUAUCGGAUUGCCUUCUCCAUCUGGCUCUCAUUUCCCCUUUCAGGGCUGAGGCAGUUCUCCAUGCAGUUCACCCACCUGAUUUGGAAAGGCUUCUCUAGCGAGUAUGUUGGGUUGCUUAGCCCAGCCUGCUUUGGGCUUUGGAGCAGAGGUCUGGGAUUGCAGGCGGGAGGGAGGGGGAACCAAGGAGAGAUGCACAUCUCCUCUUGAAAGAUUUUAUUCUGCUUUGGAGAUGCAUCGAUUCAGAUUGGAUUUAGGGCUGGCUUUAGCCAAUUGCUUUGGUAUUUCUUUUGAAAUGGGAGCUGUUAGUCUUGCAUGUUUAGGGGAUAGUUGUGGUUUAGGAACCUAGUUUAGUAGAAAAUGCUGCCUUAAACAGGCACAACUGCUGCUGUUGUGCUGCCUCUACUCCCAGGGAUUUAAUUGAUUGGCCACACACUAGCAAUAACAAAGAGCUUUGCUCUCUCCACCCUCUCCGGAUGCUCACACUCUCUUCUGUGCUUUUAAGCUUGACUUCUCCUGUCCAAAGUGCAUUAUGAAGCUCAACCUGGGGGCUGCAGACUGUCCCCCAAAUCAGCUUGACUUUCUGCAAGAAGCGACUAACAUUUGGGAGCAGAAAAAAGCGGCUUAAAAGAGUGUUCUUGGGGGCUUGGCUCAAGCAUACCUACCUCUUCUCUCUGUAACUUGAUGGAGUGUUUGUUGUGUGUUCUUCACAGCCCAUUCGACAAUGUGUUUUACAUCCAUCCAAGUAAUGUCAGUACUCCGCCCCGGUAACGUGUUUUAUGAGCAAGAAAGGGAAAAGCUUCUCUAAGAGUUCUGGUUUGUUUCAGGCUCCCAGACAGUGAUUCAUCCCUCCUUUCUUUUUUCUUUUUUUUUUUUUUUUUAAAUCCUGACUUGCGAAUGUAAGAAAUCAAAUCCCAAAGCUCUCACUAGAACGGCUGAAAUUUCCCAGCCUGGAGUCUACAGACCUCAUCACUGUGGUGGUUUUUAUAUCUGUAUCUCAAGUGUCUUUGGUAAACUAGCCUCUCUGCGUUCGUAUCCGACGGGAUUUCUCAGAGCCGGGGAUGGGUCGUUAUCAAGCACGUGGAACUGUUGCGCUGGUUCUGGUAAAUACCACGGGGAAGGCUCUGCCUUCGGUCUUGGGUACUUUGUUCCUAUUUGUCUGCUCCAGCAGUUGGAGACUGCGAUGUUUCUGGAACGUGUGCCUGUUGUUUGAAGGAUGUUAUCUUAAUCUCCAAUUAAAGUGACACAGAGCCACAGGGCAACAGCCACGGAUUCAGCCGAACUGCUUCAUGAGGACCAACUGCGUUACUUCCACGUGUGUCUCAGAUGUGACUGACAUAGCCUUAACCCUCAGGACUUCCUCCAUAGUACAAGUGAGCUCCUCCAUUACGCUGUCUUAAAGCACAACAUGGUUGGGAAUCCUUGAACUGCACGUGGCAGAAGGACCGCUGUAGGUGUCCUGUGCUAGCGUUUGUCAGGUGCAGGUAAGGCAAUAGACUGCUGAUCACAUUUCUUAGCGUUAAGUCUGCACUGGGGAGGCUGGUUCAUGCUCUGUCCCCUGUGCUGCACUAAUGAGCCUUUAUAAAGUAAAAGGGAGCUGGAGGAGGAGCUGGAUCCCCCUCCCUUCUUGCACUUUGCUGGGUACCAGGGUCUGUCCUGGGCUCUCCCAUACAUCCCAUGUCUGCACGGCAGGGUGAGGACAGGCUCCUUGCCCUGUGGCAUCAGGACGUGCCUGUAGCAGUGACGUUCAUUGGCAUUGAGUCACCUGCAUGAACACGAAGGACCAAAGAUGCUUCUGACGUUCCUCAGCAAACGGAACAGAAAACGGCCAUGGAUUCUGGGCAUCCCCCACCUCAGCUGGAAGGAGGCAGGGAGCUGCGUUGCCUCUCUGUGCCAGGAACUGUUUGUACUGGGUGUGGAGCGCUUGGCGGGAGAGACUGGAGGGGAGACUGAGCUGUGUAGAUCAAUAAAAUAAGCUGAAGCAUUUU